AUGCAUUGGAAAGGCCUCCGUCUUGUGGCCGAUGGCAAGGAUGGCAAGAGACACAGCACCAUCGAAGGCCCCAGGCGCAGUGAACACCUGCCACGUCCCUCACCCCCGCCACCGAACCCAGGUUAUCCGAGUCAAUCCCUCGCUCGCCCGGUUCCCGACAGGGAGUCGACCGACGGUGUAGCCCAGAUCGACUUCGCACCCUCAUCGGGGGACACUCCCAGCUUGCGUCGCAAUCGAUUUAGCUUCAUGAGACUGCGUCAUGCGUCCGACCCCCAAAUCUCCAAAUCCUACAUCAAGGCGGGCCAGCAGGACGCACCGCCUGUCCCCUCCUUGCCUCCUCCUAAAAUCAUCACCACCGCCCCCACAAGCCACGAACUCGAUCGGCCCAUGAAACAGCGAUCGAAGCUCAACUUCCGACCCUCGUCGCGAAAACAGUCUAUGGAGGAAAUGUCCCGGCAAUCGACGGAGCAACCCAAGUCCCGUCGGAGGGGUCAAGGCUCGGCAGACUCUCAAAUGACAGAUUCAGCGCUUGCAAUGUCCCAGAGCAUCACCGAAGAGCCAGGGAGAUUAUCGACAAACUCCCUUCGCGGAAACCAGCCACACACCGAUUCCCAACGCUCAUCCGUGAUCGAUCCCCGAUUUUCCGAAUCGUCCCGGUCCGACCAGAGCUAUGGAGAUCAAACCAUCACUCGGACCAGUUCUCCUCGCGACACAGGGACUGCCACGGCAGCAAAACGCUUCCGUCUUCCCCGGCUGAAACGAACCAGGAGCCCUCUCUUUCCCUUGCCUCCAAAAUUCCCCCAGGCUCAAGUCAUGGAUAACGCGCCGAAGUUCACUCCAUCGGAUACGCCGAAGUCUGAAGUAUCCGACGCACUUGACCAAGUCUCUCCACUGCCUUCACCGUCUAGGUCUACGGUGGGGCUUGCUGCCACAGUCGCACCAGCGCUGUCGAGGAAUGACUCCACGAAUUCCGCUCGCUCGGUUCGAUCGAAUCCAUCCUUCAACAACAGAGGGCGUUCGUCCACCAUGGGAUCGCUGGCCGAAAACCAGGACGAUUUAACUGUGGCGCCAUAUCUGGCUUCUUCGGCCCGUACAUCGACCUCCACCAGUGGUCGCAAGAGCUUUGGAGAUAUGUUCAACAUUACGCAGAGGUUGCGACAGAACUCCUCUCCGCCUGACCCUCGCCAUGGCUCUCCUGGAGUAAGUGGCUCAGUCACUCCUAUAUCAAAGCCAGAACUACCACCAGUCCCUAAGCGGGAUGAAAACGAUACGCCGGCUUCAUACUUGACCAGAUUGGAGGAAUCUCUACCCCGAGGAAUGAUUGCGGGGGUUUUGGCACAAUCAGAUGAGGAAUUCUACAAGAUCGGCCUACGCAAAUACAUGAGAAGCUUCUCAUACUUUGGUGAUCCCUUGGAUAUGUCCAUCCGCAAGCUUUUGAUGGAGGUUGAACUUCCAAAAGAAACGCAGCAAAUUGAUCGAUUCCUGCAAGCAUUUUCCGACCGUUAUCAUGAGUGCAACCCGGGCAUUUUCGCAUCACCGGACAAAGCAUACUUCAUUGCAUUCUCUAUCCUGAUCUUGCAUACUGAUGUGUUUAACAAAAACAACAAACGAAAGAUGCAAAAGCCAGAUUACAUCAAGAAUUGUCGUGGGGAGGGCAUUUCAGAAGACAUCUUGGAAUGCUUCUAUGAGAAUAUUUCGUACACCCCAUUCAUUCACGUCGAGGAUGCCAAUAUCCGCGAGCGCCAUCUGGCAAAGCCACGCCGAGGCCUUUUCAAAAGCACCAGCACUGAAAACCUCGCCCGGAUCACUCGUGAGCCGGUGGAUCCAUAUGCGCUUAUACUAGAAGGCAAAUUGGAAUCCUUGCGUCCAAGCCUGAAGGAGGUUAUGGAUCUUGAUGAUACGUAUAACCAUUUUGGUUCAGCCGGACCCCCGGAUAUGGAUGCUCUGCACCAGGCUUUCACCAAGUCUGGGAUUUUACAGAUCAUCUCAUUGCGGUCUCGCCCUGAUGCAUUCAUGCCUUCCAGCCUGGACAAUCCUCUCGACUCUAACCCGGGCCUUGUAGACAUCAAAGUUGCCAAGGUCGGUGUGCUUUGGCGAAAGGACCCGAAAAAGAAGAGAGCCAGGUCGCCUUGGCAAGAAUGGGGUGCGAUCCUCACUUUCUCCCAAUUAUACUUCUUCCGCAAUGUGAACUGGGUCCGCUCACUCAUGGCACAACAGGAAGCAUACAUCAAGAAUGGCCGUCGGGGUACACUUGUCUUCAAACCACCUCUUUCUGAAUUCAAGCCCGACGGAAUCAUGUCUACUGGUGAUGCAGUCGCUCUUUUGGAUACGGCUUAUAAAAAACACAAACAUGCGUUCAUGUUUGUUCGACAUAACGCAUUGGAGGAGACUUUCCUCGCCUCUUCGGAGCCCGAUAUGAACGACUGGCUCGCCCACCUCAAUUAUGCCGCGGCUUUCAGAACCACUGGUGUGCGCACCAAGGGCAUGAUUGCCACCAAUUACGAAGGUCAGCGGUAUCGAAAAAGCCAACGACUUGGUUCCAUCUCUUCGCAAAAUUCUCAGCAGUCACAAUCCACUGAUCUGGAGCCACCCUCGCCAAGCAUUGAUCACGAUAUUGUCGCUGAGUUUGUUGCUGCUCGACGGGAACUUAUGAGCCAGAAGAUCCGUGAGACAAAUGAGAAACUUUUCGUUUCGCAGAGGCAACUCGAAGAUCUACUUCAAAAUGCUCGACACCUUCAAGUCCUGACUCCAGUUCAUGCUCGGGCCCGGGAGGGGGUCAUUAUGGCUGCAGGUCGGUUAUCCGCAAAGCUUAGGUGGGUCAGACAGGAUAUUGCGCGCAACAAGUGCUACCGUCAGAUUCUCUUACGAGACCUGGGAGAAGACGAAGAGACCGCAAAAAGCCGCGUUGGCUCCGUUGCUGAAACGUUAUCUCAAGCGGACGCAGCACGCCUGGCAAAUCUUUCUGGGCCCUCUGCCGGGUCAGAGCCCACCACGGAGAGGGCCGGCAGCAUUGUGCCUACUAUCGCUAGCAUAGACACACCCGAACCCAACGUGGCUGUCGCCGAUGAACCAUUGGAAAGCGGGCUAUUGGCGAAACCCUCGACCGAUGAAUCCCGUCGCCCUAGUAUUCCCGGAUCUGUGACUUCCUCUGACAUUUCUCGUGUUGGGCGUCGGCGUUCUGCUGUCACUAUCCCCGAGCGCGCCAAGUCCUAUUCGCCCGAUCCAAAAACCAUCAAACUCGAGCGUGAUGCUUCGGUUCUUAGUCGCACCAGCAGGUGGGAUGGGGCUAGUAUUGCGUCUCGAACCUCGAAGUUGACUUCGCCUGUGAGCUUCGACGACAACGAGGAGCGAUUCUUGAGAGAGGCAGGCCUACUGCAGCUUCCCGAGUCCCCGGGACGCGAAAAAGAGGACCCCGCUCUCGAUCUGACGCCUGUGAAACCCACCGAGGGCGACAUUAUCCCGUCCGACAAGUCCGACAAACCAAGUCGUGUCCGUCGCAGUCUGCAUCGCACUCUGCGUGACUCGCAUGCUCACAGACACCAUUCACACUCAAAGAAAAAGCACGGCUCGGUGUCCAGCAUUGGGCAAGAGGAAGAUGAUCAGGUUUCUGAUGGCGGCGAUAUCCUCCCUCGCAAGGCGCCUAGUUUCACUGUGCAUGGCAAGAAAGCAUCUAUCGUGACCUUCGGGUCAGAAUGGCAGAACAUGCCACCCGAAGAGCGCCUCAAACUCCGAAAGCCGACUCCACACGAGGAGCCACGAGCUUCAGAUCCCACAUUGCUCGAUAGCAACGAUUCUCUCGAAUUCGAUACGAGCCGCGAACGACCCAUGUCGUUACGUAGCACCAGCACUACCACCGGCCUGAGCACCCGGACCAACGAUGAUCUGGCGGAAUUCAAGGACGCGCGGGAGGUGCAGUCAGAAGAGGAAGAUAUCGGACGACCUGGCUCUCCGGUCAUCUCAAUCCCGCCUCCAGACACCGAUCCCACCGAUUCCCCAAUCUCUCCCACAACAACACCCGGCCACCUCCACGCACCAAGACACGCGGGCUCUGCCUCAUCCUCCACCUCCCUCGGCGAGCGAAUCGUCGACCAUCCAUCCACCGAGAACCUACGCGAGCAGGCCGUUGGCGCCUAA